UCUCACACAUCUUUUCUCUGCUAACCCGCUGUGUUUUCUACAAUGCCUGAGCCGGCAAAAUCCGCCCCCGCGCCCAAGAAGGGCUCGAAGAAAGCUGUCACUAAAGCCCAGAAGAAGGACGGCAAGAAGCGUAAGCGCAGCCGCAAGGAGAGCUACUCCAUCUACGUGUACAAGGUGCUGAAGCAGGUGCACCCGGACACCGGCAUCUCGUCCAAGGCCAUGGGCAUCAUGAACUCGUUCGUCAACGACAUCUUCGAGCGCAUCGCGGGCGAAGCGUCCCGCCUGGCGCACUACAACAAGCGCUCGACCAUCACGUCCCGGGAGAUCCAGACGGCCGUGCGCCUGCUGCUGCCCGGCGAGCUGGCCAAGCACGCCGUGUCCGAGGGCACCAAGGCCGUCACCAAGUACACCAGCUCCAAGUGAGCCCCUGCUAGGACGUGGCGCUCGCAUGAGUCGCCGGGCCGCUUGCCUCCAAAGGCUCUUUUCAGAGCCACCCACCUAAUCAGAAAAGAGCUUUGUUCACUUGUUUUCCCUUUCAAUUCCUUCUCACAAAAUAAGUUACUCUAGUUGGCUAAAGGUCACAGAAGAUGUAUACGUAGCUUUUUAAUCCCUUCUGACGAGGUUUCUGGAGCGUGACUGGCUUUGCUUUUUAAUCUAGGGCGCGUCUUAACCCCUCACUGUGCUGUUUAGCUUUCCUAUGAGUCAGUUCUAAAUUAGGAUAUCGAGACUGCUUGUCCCCACCCUCCGCUCCCAGACUUGUCCUGGUGGCUCUGUUCGGUAUGUUUCAUCGGCGUUCUAAAACGAAGUGAGUGAUUUCGACGAGGAAGGACCCCAAGACACAACUAAGCCCGGGUUCUGCGAACACUGCGUCACUGCCCUGAGGAAUUCUCCAUAGUUUGACAGCUGCUUGGGUGCCGGAUCACCAGUUCUACCCUGCGAUGUGGCCUUCUGUGGAUACCAGCCGUUCGGAGUACUCCGGGUGGAGCCCGCGCUGCAUGGUUUCAUCCUUCCCGUGAUUGGACGACAUGAAUAUUCAAAAUCACGCGCGGCUCCAGUAUGGAUAGAUUGUGGUUUCCGCUGCUCACUUUGGCUCUUUGAAGUCCCUAUUAUUUCUCGGUUUGUGGAUCGUUUUUUGCAUUUAAUUCUCUUUUCUUGGAACGCUCCGGCCUCGGGUCACUGCAAGGCACUAGUCAUUUUAGUCUGGGUUUAAAAAUCCUCUGAGACCCUUUCAAGUCAUCCACUCAGGAAUUUGCGCCUCUCGUUCCUGCCUGUCCUGGCCCCUCACUGUGUUUUGUCUUCCUCCUAGCGGGUGUCAGAAAUUGUCUUGUUCUUUUAUUUUCUUGUUUAUCGUCUUUCUCCUCAAGUCCUUAACAGAAACUGCUGGUCUGGUUUUCCUCUGUAUCGUCAGCGCCAACCAGUACUUGGCACACAAUGGACACUUGAAUUAACUUGUUGAAUUUAUUUUCCUGUCCCACCCCUUUCUUAAUCGCUUCCGUGGAUGGAUGGGUGAGGUAUACUUUAGAUGUAUGUGAAGACACGAUGAAAAUGGAAAUGUUUUUGGAUCUCCUUCCCAAGUCUGUCCGUGGUCACCUCACCUCAGGUCAAUAGCUCGGAGGAGGCCUGUUUUUUUUUUUGGUUUGGUUUGGUUUGGUUUGGUUUUUUGCGUCAAAGACGAAGGAGAUGGCAAAUUGAAGUCCUCCCUUUAUGCUUCUCACUUUGGCCUAAUCUCUCGGAUUUUCAUUAAAUUCAGAACGUUGGUCACUGGAAAGAUCCUUUUCCUUUCUCCUUUUCUGACGCCCUUUCCCCAUCCUGAUACCUUGUUCCCCCACCUAGAUGAGCUUUAAUUUACACUCACCAUAUCUCACUUGCAGGGUGGAGGGUAAACUCAGUGGUAGAGUGCAUGCACUAGGUCUUGGGUUCAACCCCUAGUAUCCCCAUUAAAAAAUUAAGCAAAUAUAAAUAACCUAAUUACUCCCCUUCACCAACAAAACAAAACAAAACGAAAAAACAACCCUAUGUCAGGAGACCAUGUGAGGUAAACUAGGUUAGUAUCUCUUUAAAAACAAGAUUGCAAGAAGUAGUUAUUGGUCCACUGGUCAUGCAGGUAACAUUGUUCACCUUUGUAUCCUCAAAUGUGAGGACAAUUGUAUUUUAGUUUUAUUUCAUGUAAUUACAGAAUGUUGAAUCUUUCUGUCCAAGCCUUGAUUUUGCUAAUAAAGACACUGACAAUCUGAUCAGUUACUCAAUUCUGCUUUUGGUUAAGAGGUCCUGGAGUUGAUUGCAGGGGUUUCAUGAAUCCAAAUGGACUCCAGAUAUUAUCAGAGACUGAAUAAAUCUAUGUUUCCUACGUGUGUGUUUUCAAAUGUGUGUAGAUGCUAUUAUUAUUAAUAAAGUUAUCAGUUAAUUUAAAA